GCUGGGGGCGGGGGCGGCCCCGGCUCCACCCCGACAAGGGGCGGUGGCCGCGUCCGUCCUCACGGCGCGUCGCUUCCCGCCGUGCUCGUCGCAUCGUCGGUUCCUCGGCCCCGAGCCGCCGCCGGGAGCCCCGCAGCCGAGAUGCUGAGCUUCUUCCGCCGGACUCUGGGGCGCCGCUCCAUGCGCAGACAUGCGGAGCGGGAGCGGCUGCGGGAGGCCCAGAGAGCGGCCACACACAUCCCGGCGGCCGGAGACGCCAGGUCGGUCAUCACCUGCCGGGUGGCUCUGCUGGACGGCACCGAUGUCAGCGUGGACCUGCCGAAAAAAGCCAAAGGCCAGCUCCUGUUUGAGCAGAUCAUGUAUCAUCUGGACCUCAUAGAAAGCGACUAUUUUGGAUUAAGGUUCAUGGAUUCUGCACAAGUGGCGCACUGGUUGGACAACACAAAAAGCAUCAAAAAACAAGUGAAAAUCGGCCCUCCAUAUUGUCUGCAUUUUCGUGUCAAGUUUUACUCAUCAGAACCCAACAAUCUGCGUGAGGAGCUAACAAGGUAUUUAUUUGUUCUGCAGCUAAAACUGGAUAUUCUAAGUGGAAAAUUGGAAUGUCCUUUUGACACAGCCGUCCAGUUGGCAGCUUAUAAUAUGCAAGCUGAACUUGGAGACUACGAUCCAGCUGAGCACGUCCCUGAGCUGGUAUCUGAGUUCAGAUUUGUUCCUACUCAGACCGAGGAGAUGGAGCUGGCCAUCUUCGACAAGUGGAAGGAAUGCAGGGGGCAAACACCAGCACAGGCUGAAACUAACUACUUAAACAAAGCUAAGUGGCUGGAAAUGUAUGGUGUAGACAUGCACAUAGUCAAGGCAAGAGAUGGCAAUGAUUACAGCCUGGGACUGACCCCUACAGGAGUUCUUGUCUUUGAAGGAGACACAAAGAUUGGUUUGUUUUUCUGGCCAAAGAUAACAAGACUUGACUUCAAGAAGAACAAACUCACUCUUGUUGUUGUUGAGGAUGAUGAACAGGGGAAGGAGCAGGAGCAUACUUUUGUCUUCAGACUGGAUCACCCCAAGGCUUGCAAACACUUAUGGAAAUGUGCAGUGGAGCAUCACGCCUUCUUCCGGCUCCGAGGUCCUGUCCAAAAAAGCUCGAGCAGAUCAGGCUUCAUUCGGCUGGGGUCCCGGUUCCGCUACAGUGGGAAAACAGAAUACCAAACCACCAAGACCAACAAAGCCAGGAGAUCAGCAUCCUUUGAAAGGAGGCCCAGCAAAAGAUACUCAAGACGGACACUACAAAUGAAAGCACAUGUUGCUAAACUAGAAGAAACAAGUUUUCCAAACAACGCUGUUAUUACCCAAACCAAUGGAUCACAAAGUUGGAAUGUGAAGCCAAACCUACCUGUCCUAACAGCAGCAGUUCCUUCUGCUCCAGUCCUGGUGGAAAUAGAGAACCUCCCAAGGAGCCCAGGAUCCAGCCAGCAGGACAAGAAGUGCCUGCCCCUUGUUGAUCUCCUCGACAGUGUGGAUUUGCCAGAGACCUGUGUGGAUGAUGCUGUAGGCCGCCCAGUUGUUGCCCUGUUGACAGGAGACUCGGGAGAGGCUGUUGGUUGCCCUCAUCCUGGCACUAAGGAAGCUGCUGCUGAAAAAGCAGACUCUGACCCUUUUGAAGAUGCAUUAUUAAAACUGAAGCAGCUGGAGGCGGAGUGCAGCAGCCCUACGCCUGCUGAGCGUCCCAACAUCAACAUAAACGUGCAGGAUGAAGUGGUGAAGCUCACGGAUAAAUGUCUUAACAAUGCAAUUGAGAGCCCAAUAGCAGCAGCAGGGUGGCUUCCAGCAGACAUGAAAAGCAAUAUCCUGAAGGCCCAGGCAGAAGCAGGGCACAAGGUUGUAAGAGAAGACAGCCUGACAGGUGGCAAGAAUUCCAACGUUCAGGAUGCUGCUGCCAGGAACAUUCUCCCAUCGGGGAAAACCCCGAGCAGUCCCUCUGCAAGCAGUCCAGUGUUACAGAACAACCUGAAAGCAACCUCUGCCUCCAACUUCAUUCCUAAUUCAUUAAAUGAGGAUAAUGCUGCCUCUAACCGCGAAGAGUUGCUGAUUCCAGCUAAUCUGGCUCCAGCUGAGGAGGCUGCUGUUUCAAAGAGCGCUCCAGAUGACCAGGACGUUUCCCUAACAUCAUUGACAGAGAAUCUAAUUGACUUUACAGAAGCUACACCUCGGGUGUCUUCCCAGCCCACAAUAACACCGAGGUGGUUAGUGCCAAGCAGACUAAUGUCCAACGGGCCUUUGGGAAAUGAUGUUGCCUUAUCUCUGAAAGCAGUGAAAGGCAGCACAGAGGCUCUGUUGUCAUCAGCUGGAUUGCCACCGUGCCAGCAGACAGCUGAAGUCCUUGCAAGCCCAGUCGCUGAGGAUGCUGCAGUGAAAACGAAAUGUUUACUCACCACUGAACUCUAGAAGAUGGAGCUUCUGUACUUCACACCCAGUAAAAACUCAAAUCUUCCGACAUCUACAAGGGAUCCUUCUGAAAGACUUUUGCAUGGGAUGAAACUCUUGCUGAAUGGGAGCAAAACAGCCAGCUGGUUUGCUAGAAUCCGGGAAGAGACUUUCACAUGAAUUGCAAUCUAACUGGAAUUACAGUCUGAGCCGAAAUGUAAAAACCAUGUGAAAGUUUGAUCUUCUCCCUCAAGAGAAAUGAAGUAUCACACUGGAGGAACAAAAUGUAGUUGUGUUCCACUCACACUUGGUUUAGUCUUACGUACCCUGUGCUGCCUCUCCAAUGUUACGGGAGGGUGAUCACUGAGAUGUUAGCUCUGUUUGAACACCGUAUCCCUGUGCUUUGUAAAGAAAUAGUGGGAAGAUUAGGAGAACUUGUAGGGCCACCUUGUGGCCGCGCUGUGUGUGGUGGCUCACAGUAGCGAUGACUGUUUCACGUGGCCAAGAUCAUUUUCUUCUGUGUCGUUAGUCACCCUGGGUUUCCUUUGUUGUACUGCCACACAUGCUCCUUUUGGCCUUAAAGCUCUUGGUAAUCUUUGCACCUCUUCUUACAGGACAAACUACUUUGACUGGAUCUGAGCUGUUCAUUGCCACCAGGAAAAGGAAAGUUAACCUGCCAAACUUCUUUUAGCGUUAGCAGAUUGCAGCAGAGGUCUCACGUUUCAACACCGGUUCUUUCAUUUCCUCUGUGACUCAAAUACAGUUGUGUAUUUAGGCUACAGAUGUAUGUUUUUUGUUUUCAGCAUUGAAGUAGUGAAGUUGUGAGCGUAACUUACUUCAGGAACUGCUUUUUGGUUAUUUCUGUAGUCAUUCAGGGCUAGGAAGGACAAGAUUUCCCUUGUUUCUGGUCAUGUUGUUGCUAGGUAUUGGUUUGAGGUCCUGUGCUUUGGAGAAUACUUCACACGCAGGAUAAGGUGUGAGGGUACAACUAGGUCAGUUCUUAACACCACCUUGAACCCUGUUCUGCUGUUCUGGUUGUGUAUGGGACAAAAUACAGAGUAAGAUGAGAAUGGGGGAGAGAGAUGAAACAUUCCCAAGAGCAGUUUGCCUGCUUCUACAAGAAAGGUAGGAGCACUUGCAAGAGUGUGCUCCACAGUGCUGGAAAAGGCCUUUUGGUGCUCAGGUGAAAUACAGGAUAACACACACAGAGUGAAGCCUGUCCUGGGCUUCAGGAUCCCUGUGUAGAGGUAGAAUGUGGAGCCUGGGAAUAUAUCCUGUGAAAAUACCAGUGCAGAGUCAGAGGAAGGAGAAGUGUGGAAGGCCGGGGAUGAAUUCCACAUCUCUAAACAGGGAAGCACAGUUGAAGCAACUGGGAUCCUUCUCAGGAAGAGGUUUGUACAUAUGACUGGGUUUGGAGGAUGUUUUCUGCACAGUGCUGCUCUUUAUAACUGUUUAUAUACACGGGGUUCUUAGGAACGAUUUUAAAUGUGAAAGUGAGUUAGAAACCUGUAUGCACAACUUUCUUUGUGCGUGCCUGCUGCAUGAACGUAACUGUGUGGGCAAACAGUUGGACCAAAGCACUGUGCGCUGUGCAGGUAAGCUGGUGUCCUGCUGGGCUGCUGCUUGCAGAUUAGGGGAUGUCGUGGGUGUUCUUAUGGCUCUUCUCAUGAAUUUAUCCAAGAUGCUGAUUGAGAGUCAGCAUUUACACAGCCCAAUGCCACUCCUCAAAACCUCAGAGGCCUUAAUAGAAAACCAUAAGGACCAUUGGGAGCAAUUGUGGCUGACAUACGUUACAGGGAGUGAUGAGCAGCCUUUGCCUGUGUAACCUAGAGUCAGAAUUGAUGGCAGGAGCUUCAGGCACACUUCCCCACUCACAGCACUGCCAGCUAAAGGGGAGCUGCUCUUUGGGUCCAAGUGCUGUGCUUCUGGUAGCCAGUGCUUACCUCCUAUCAUUGCUUCCAGCAGAGUACUGGCUUUUCAUAUUUGAACCCUGAGCCUUAUUACAUAUUAAAACAUAAAAGAUGCCCGAUUCAAAUAUCAAAUGUCUUAGUGUGGAUUAACGGAGUUGCCAGAAAAGUUCCUGCAGCAAAAAAGGGAAGCUAUGGCUGCGACAGUCUGCUGCCUGCACAAAGCCAGCACUGUGUGGGGAAACUUGGCACUCACUAUCGAUCUGUUUGCUCAGCAGCUGAGCUGGCAUUCACCAACUACAUGUGUUGGUUUUGUAAAUAGACAGAACGCAGAAGCAUUUUCUUUAAGGCAUGUUUGAUAUUUGACUCUUCCCAUUGGGUUCAGGAGCUCUGUGAACUGUUAGCUUGAAUUUCUCCCAGAAGUAUAAUAACAGAAGUUUACAGUUUUAAAGUACUGAGUGCUAAAUACCGUCAUUAGUUUCCUUCUGGGCAAUCACAUAUAGCAAAAAAAGAACCCAAAGCCUAAAAACCAAGUAAGUAACGCACGGUUAAUGUGGCCUCCUAAGUCCCCAUUGUUACACUGUCAGCGUGGCUGGAGUGAUGGUGAUGGAGGGAAUGUUGAAUUUAAAUUCCCACAUGGGACAAUUUCAUCGAGGCAAGGUUUUCCUCCACUUCCAAUAGCCAAAUACUUGACGUUUUACUUAAAAAUUCAACAUUUUCAGCUUUUAAGUUCAAGAGCUGCAAUUUCCAGUAGAAUUGAGGCUGCAAACCCAGCUCUUCCCAGCAGUGUCCUGGUAGCUGAAGGAAAUAGGCAGAUCUGUUUAACUCAAUGUAGCUUAUUUAGCCAUUCCAUUUGUUUGUAUGGGGAGCCUGAAGAGACUGAGACACCACAGCUGUGUGAUCUGAACAGGCACGUAAUAUCUGAACGUCCUGUAGCUUAGCAUCACUUGUUUUGUUUUAAAGCUACAGGCCUCGUGUUGUGACUGACCAUCAGGUAACGUAGCAUCACUUACCACUUGUACUUAAUCAAAUGGGAGUGGACAAGAGGUUCCUGCAGCUAAUGCUAUAGAGUGUCAGUGAGUCCCAGUGUGCUACUGAGGAGUUUUCCUACCAUGGCUAUUUAUUGGUUGAUGGGCUGGAAGGUUCAGUCACCCCCAGAAAGCUUAUUUUAUCUGUAUAUGUUUAAAGAGACUGAUACAUGAAACCUCAGUGUUAAUCUGAUGCUGGGAUGCUGGCAGGCCUGCUGACCACUUAAAAGCUUUGAGGGCUGGAAGGAAUGAAGAAAUACAGCUACGUGCUGCGCUGUGGUCAUUUGGAAAAAGCCAGAUCCCUUAAAAAGUUAUAUAUAUGUUCCUAUAUAUAUAUCUACAGAUAUCAUUUUUCUAAGGACUUUAUGAGCUGCUGACUGACCUCCAGCCUGUACUCACCAACUUGUACCCUUGUGCUGUGCCUGUAGUGCAGGUGAGAGAUGGAUGCAUAGGAACUCUGUUAAAAAAGCAAUCAGAAAACAAAAGAGGGGUGAUUCACCGUAAAAGAUAGUUAGAAAGCAGCAGUAAAACCAUGUAGCUAAUUAGAUGCAUUAAUGUCACGGCUAGACAGACAAUCGUAGCUUUGAUACCAAAAACCAGAACUCCGUGCUAAUGGCCUUCUGUGAUGCAGGUGUCAUCCACGUGUGUUUGGUCCGAGUGUCAGCACCACAGAAGGAACGGGCUGUGCCCAUGUGCUGGGAUGAGGGGUGGGCACUGCUGUGUGUGCUGUGUCACAGCAGGGAGCCACGGGGCUUCUGCUGAGUGCACCUCCUUAGUGUUGUUGGGCUUGAGCACUUUGCUUCCUAAACACACACCCACCCCCCUCCCUGUAACUGGAGAAACCUAUUUUUGAAGUACGUGAGAGUAUUUUUUUAGCUAGAUUUUGUUAAAGCCACACUAACUGCUGUAUUUGUACCUUUUUAUAUGUAAAGCUCGGCGGCAGCUCUCGGUGUAUAAUUUAUUUGGAUUUUUUUUUUAUAAAACAAAGUGCACCCUCUUGCUCCUGUUUCACAGUGGUGAUGUAUGACCGGCUUUGGGCGCUGCACUGCCAUCCGUGUAGAAACUGUACACGGGAACGAGAAACUGUGAUCUGUGUAGUCCACAACCCGACCUGGAAAUGUUUGUGCUGUAGUUGUGUCUGAAAUACACCACGUCCCUGCGAAUGUC